AUGGCUGUCACGCCCCCGAAAAGCACGCCGACACCGACACCGACGCCGACGCCGACACCGACGGCCACGACCCUCCCGUCCCCAAUGCCUCCCGCCAUCCGUCCCGCCUCCUUCAAGCCGCAGCACCCCUGCACCGGCGGCAAGUCGGACGACGCGCACGAGGAUGCCGCCCACGUCAAGUUCGCCCUCCCGAAGCUGCGGCUCGAGAUCCGCGACCUCUCGCACCCCGGCGCCCGCCUCUUCCUGAACUCGAUCAACGCGUCCGAGUGCGUGGCCACGGCGGUGACGAACCUCCUUCGCCUCCUCUACACGUCCCCCAAGACGGCGACGACGACGGUGCCGCCCACGCGCUCCGUCACCUUCAUCCUCCGCGACGUGCCCGGCGUCGCCUACACCACCGGCUCCGAGCUCGACGACGACCACAAGGAGAUUCACUUCUCGCUCGCCUACCUCGAGGGCAUCCCCACCGCCCGCGCCACCGACGAGGUGGCCGGCGUCAUCACCCACGAGCUCGUCCACUGCUACCAGUACAACGGCCUCGGCACCUGCCCCGGCGGCCUCAUCGAGGGCAUCGCCGACUGGGUCCGCAUGCACUGCGGCCUCUGCCCGCCCCACUGGAAGGCCGACCCCUCGGGCGAGUGGGACAGCGGCUACGAGAGGACCGCCUUCUUCCUCGACUAUCUCGAGAGGCGCUUCCAGGGGAAGCUCGUCCAGCGCAUCAACGAGAAGCUGCGCAUUCAAAAGUACGAGCCGCGCGCCUUCUGGGCCGAGCUGACGGGCCACACCGUCGAAGACCUGUGGAGGGACUACGGCGAGAGCCUCAAGGCCGCCGCUCACGACGAGGGCGUCAAGGCGGCCCACGACGAGGCCUCCCAGACGAACGACGUCGAGAUGUAG